CAAAGCCUAAAGUCAUUACAACAAGAAGGCGACACCACAAGAAGAAAGCCCAAAACGACAACCUUUUUUUUUUCGUUCUCUAUAUGGAAGCUGUCGGCCGGAAUAUGGCGAACCAGUUUGCAAACUUGAAGGAGACUGAGCUCUGCCUCGGCUUACCCGGCGCCGGAGAUCUCACCCUUAAAGCUUUCGGCAAGAGGGGUUUCUCUGAAACUGUUGAUCUGAAGCUUAACAUUCAGAGCAAGGUUGGCGGUGGAGUCGAUGUCAACGAGAAUAUUAAGAAUAUUCCAGCGAACGUUGGCGGUCAGAAGAGCCUCGGCUCCAAGGAUCCGGCUAAGCCUCCUGUCAAGGCACAGGCUGUGGGUUGGCCUCCGGUGCGAUCGUACCGGAAGAAUGCCAUGGCGCAGAAGAACACGAGCGGAGAAGGAACGAAGAAAGCGAGCGGUGGCAGUGCCGCUGCAUUCGUAAAGGUUUGCAUGGAUGGAGCUCCAUAUCUUCGCAAGGUGGACUUGAAAAUGUACCAAAGCUAUCAAGAACUUUCAGAUGCCUUGGCCAAGAUGUUCAGCUCAUUCGCAAUGGGUGAUUAUGGUACCGAAGGAACGAUCGACUUCAUGAAUGAAAGAAAGUUGAUGGAUCUUCUCAAUAGCUCUGAGUUUGUUCCAACUUAUGAAGAUAAAGAUGGUGAUUGGAUGCUUGUUGGUGAUGUUCCAUGGGAGAUGUUUGUAGAAUCAUGCAAGCGUUUGAGAAUCAUGAAAGGUUCGGAAGCUAUCGGACUAGCCCCAAGAGCCAUGGAGAAAUGCAAAAGCAGAAGCUAGAAGAGAAGGCAAUUGAGAAGUGUUUGUGAAGAGUGGUUCCAGCUUGGAAACAUGCACGUUGUUUUCUGUGUAUUUUUCACUCUUUAAUGUUUUUUUUUUUAAAUUUUAAUUAUUAGUAUAUANAAAAAAAAAAAAAAAAAAAAAAAAACCCCAAAAUAAUGUGCUGUUGGGGACAAUAUUUGUAAUGGAUGAGACAUGGAAAGCUGUAAACCUUCACCUACUGUCUGUCUGGUUGGUUUGUUUGUGAUGUUUAAUUAUUAUUACAACCAAUUAAUUUUCCCAAAAAUGGGUUUUUAUUUUUGCUUAAUAAUCACACCCAUUUCAUUGUUUGGUUGUCAAAUGGUAUUUUAUUCUAUGAAAUUGUAUUAUUUAGGGAAAAA